AUGCAAAAUAGCGCCUGCAAUUGGGCGGCCAUUAAAUGGAAAUUCCAUAUGCUUGCUAGAUUUUCGUGA